CAGCAGCGCGCGCUAUGUUUCUUCUCACAGCGUUGGUUCUUCCGGUCCUCUGUGGAGCCGGUUUGGCGUCGGAUGGUCACUUUUACCGGCGCACGGAUCCGGUCACCGGACAGCAGCUGCUGUGUGACAGGUGUCCUCCAGGAACGCGCAUGCGCGCACACUGCACGUCUUCACGUCAGACGGAGUGCGUGGCCUGUGGAGCGGGUCUGUUCACGGAGUUCUGGAACUACAUCCCGUACUGUCUGCGAUGCGAAGCGUGUUCCGAUCACCAGCAGGUCGUUCGGCCGUGUAACGGAACCGUGAACACGGUGUGCGAGUGUGAGGCGGGCUUCUUCUGGGACCAGCACUUCUGCAGGACACACAGCGAGUGUAAACCGGGCCACGGAGUCCAAGCUCCAGGUACCCCACACAGAGACACGGUGUGUGAGCCCUGCGCAGAAGGACACUAUGCCAACAUCAUGCAGACACAUGCAACAUGCGUUACUCACAGCGCUUGCAAAGCAGAUGAACAGCUGGUGCUGCCCGGAUCCAGGUGGCACGAUAACGUGUGUGCAACCUGUGACCAUCUCACACAGAAAGAUUGGGUGGAUUUAUUCAAGUCGGUUCUGUCCGGUCUGCACGUUCAGUACGGGACUUCCACUGAGCGUCUGCAGAAGUUAGUGAACCGCCGUCUGCGCAAGAAGAGGUUCGGCAAGCAUGCAGCGCUGCAUCCGACGCAGCAGCUCCAGCACUGGAGCAAAGAGACAUCACAGGAGGAGCCGCUAAACCUGCCGUCCAUCCUGGAGGAGUCACACCUGAAUCUGCUAGCAGACCGGAUCGCACGCAAGAUCCGGCGAUCCCAGCAACACUGCAGCAAAACUCCACCGCAAGCGUUAUAACAGAUGAAGCCUGUUCACACUGCACUGAAAAACACCCUGCACUGAUUUGAGUUUACACUGUCUCACCUGUUUUAGAAAAUCAGAUUUUGUCGUGACCGUUAGCUGCUUUGACAUCUGGUUCAGUUUAACACUCCAGUAAAGGAUGUUAGAUGUGUGACACUCAGAUUGUACUUGGGCACUUUACAGUCUGUCCUGUCAAUAAAUUUAACAUGCUUUGUUGCAUUAGACUCCACUGUUUUAAAGUAUUGCAGAUUAUUUUUUGUAUUGGUUUUGCAUUGAAAGUUUGUUCUUUAUUUUUUUAUUCUCUGGAGAUAGUUCCCAGACUACAAAACAGCUCAUUAAACACACUGAAAAGAGCGGAUGUGAAAUAUA